CUGGAGCUGGGCCAGGCGCUGGAGCUGGUGUACCCCAGUGACUUCCAGCUCACGGACAAGGAGAAAAGCAGCAUCUGCUACCUGUCCUUUCCCGACUCCCACUCAGGUAGGCCACCCCUCCUCGCCCCGGCCUGGGUGUCUCUCGGGGGCUGUGGGGAGAAGGAGAAGGAGGGCGAUGAGGCUGCCCAGGAGCCCCUGCGUCCAGGCCUGCACAGCCUGUGAGCCCCGGUCCCGCUUCCCGCUCCAGGGAGACAGCCAGAGCCCCAGGCCGCAGCAGCCAGUUUCCCCGGUUCCCGUGGAAAGAGGUGUCUCUGGGCAGUGGGGUCUCUGGCCUCCUUCACCCCUGCAGAGGGGUCACCAGGAGCUGGGUCCUGGCCUCUGCUCCUCUCCGGGGCUCGGGUGUCCAGGCCGGCCUGGUUUUCCGCCCCGGGCAGGCUACGCCGGGCCACACGUGACCCCCCGCCUCUGCUUGCCCACAGUGCGCGCGCUGCGGGGCUGUGGCUGUGCUUCUCUGUGGGCUGAGUUUAAACCCUUAGGUGCGGGAAUCUAGGACACGGGGACCUCUGUCGGGAGACACAGAGCCGGAGGGCUGGGCUUUUCUGAGGCAUUUGCAGCCCGGCAGAGGCUUCGCCCCCUCCCUGGCCCCCCGCCCCACAUGCUGGCAGGAGAGGCUCCAGCCCAACCCGGACACAGCGUGAGGGGACCACCUCCUCCCCAGGCUGCCUCGGGGAUACUCAGUUCAGCUUCCGCAUUCGUCAGUGUGGAGGGCAGAGGCGCCCCUGGCACACGGAUGACAGGCACUGUGACAGUGGGGCCCCCGUGUCUCUGCAGGCAGGUGAAGGACAGCUCCGUGAAGAGGGGCUACUUCCAGAAGUCUUUGGUGCUGGUGUCCCGCCUGCCCUUCGUCCGGCUGUUCCAGGCGCUGCUGAGCCUGGUCGCCCCAGAGUACUUCGACAAGCUGGCGCCCUGCCUGGAAGCGGUCUGCGAUGAGAUUGACCAGUGGCCGGCCCCUGUGCCGGGGCAGACCUUGAACCUGCCUGUCAUGGGCGUCAUCCUGCAGGUGCACAUCCCAUCCAGGGCAGACAAGCCUGAAUCCGGUCCUCCAAAGCAGUGCAGCCACGAGAACCUGCUACCAGCCCCGGUCGUCCUCACCAGUGUCCAUGAGCUGGACCUGUUCAGGUGCUUCCGGCCCGUGCUGGCCCACGUGCAGCUGCUGUGGGAACUCAUGCUCCUCGGGGAGCCCCUGCUGGUCCUGGCGCCCUCGCCCGCCGUGUCCUCGGAGAUGGUGCUGGCCUUGACCAGCUGCCUGCAGCCCCUCAAGUUCUGCUGCGACUACCGCCCCUACUUCACCGUCCACGAUAGCGAGUUCAAGGAGUUCACGACGCGCACGCAGGCCCCACCAAGCGUGGUCCUGGGAGUCACAAACCCUUUCUUUAUCAAAACGCUCCAGCACUGGCCCCACGUUCUCCGCAUCGGGGAGCCCAAGAUGCCAGGGGACCUUCCCAAGCAGGUCAAACUGAAAAAGCCCUCAAGGCUGAAGACCCUGGACACCAAGCCAGGCCUCUACACUGCGUACAUGACCUACCUCCACCGAGACAAGGCCCUGCUCAGACGACUGCUUAAGGGCCUGCAGAAGAAGCGGCCGUCGGACGUGCAGACUGCAGUGCUGAGGCGGCACCUCCUGGAGCUCACGCAGAGCUUCCUCAGCCCUCUGGAGCACUACAUGGCCAGCCUCAUGCCCCUGCAGAAGAGCAUCACGCCCUGGAAGACCCCUCCCCAGAUCCACCCCUUCCACCAGGACGACUUCCUGCGCAGCCUGGAGCACUCGGGGCCCCAGCUCACCUGCCUCCUCAAGGGCGACCGGCUGGGCCUCUACAGGUGGGCGGACAGUAGGCGGUUUUUCAAGUCCCCCCAUUUUGAUGGCUGGUACCGACAGCGGCACAAAGAGAUGGCCCAGAAGCUGGAGGCCCUGCACCUCGAGGCCAUCUGUGAGGCGAACAUCGAGAUCUGGAUGAAGGACAAGUCCGAGGUGGAGGUCGUGGAUCUGGUCCUGAAACUUCGGGAGAGGCUGGUUCGGGCACAGGGCCACCAGCUCCCCGUGAAGGAGGCGACGCUGAAGCGGGCGCGGCUGUACAUCGAGACAGUCAUCGGCUCCCUGCCCAAGGACCUGCAGGUCGUCCUGUGCCCUCCCUAGGAUGGGGCCCAUGGCCCAGGGCCAGGG